AUGGCAAUUGUAUAUGAAGCUGUACCUAACAAGGCACCAUUACUAGAGGCUCUGCCUGAAGAAAUCAUCACCCUUAUCCUCUCACAAUCCUCAAUUGAUAUCAAGGCAUUAAGGACAUGUAUGUCGGUAUCCUCAAAAUUGCGUCGAAUCAGUCUCUAUAUCCUAGAAUAUUAUCGAUUACCAGCCACCCAAUUGUCCCUGACGAUAGAUCAAGAAGGCAAGAGCAAAAUGACCACUCGAUUUGGAUUUAGCCAUUUCUGCCCAGUGUCUUUGACCACAUUAUACACAUCCUAUCAACCCAUGGCAAGACGCUAUUAUACAGACAAAGCCUAUCCAGUCGUCCGCUCAAUGGCAAUAGACUAUGCUAGCUGUGAUAUUCAAUCUUCCUCAGUAUCAAUCGCGUCAUCCACAUCAGGUACUUUGGUUGGCAGCUGCUCGUCCUCCUCAUCGUCAUCAUCAAUAUCCGUUGCUAAGCAACCAUGCUACACAAACACGCCUUCUGAUUUAGCUUCUGUGUAUUACCAUGGUAACGCAAAAAAGCUUUCUGCACAGAAAGAAGGCCUUCAUAUUCUUCAAGUAUCACCACAUUUAGCCAACCAGAGAUUGUCAUGGAAAUUGGCUUACAGAAUCACGGAUAAGCGUAAACCUGAAUACUAUAUGUCGCUGAUCAGCAUCUCUAUUGGAUUCAAGCAUCUGAUGAAAUUGGACGCUCUAAAUCAGGGUGUGGACGUCAAUGCGACGACGAGAAAAUUACCUUUAAAAAGCAUGAAUAAAAUGAAAAAUUGGGUCAAUCGACUCGUUUGA